AUGGAGCGGAUCUUUGAGGCCAAAGGAUGCCCAGCAGAGAGUAGGCUAGCAUAUUAUGAGUACUUGCUAGCCGGAGAGGUUGUUCACUGGUGGUCUAGCAUGAAAAUGAUGUUAGAAGACAGUAGGGAGACCAUCACUUGGGAGUUAUUCAAGAAGAAGUUUUAUGCUGAGUACUUCCCAGAUAGUGUGAGGUAUGCCAAGGAAGUGGAGUUCUUACAGCUGAUGCAGGGAGAGAUGUCCGUAUCUGAGUAUGCAGAAAAGUUCAAGCACUUUGGCAGAUUCCACACCUUGAGGAUGGCGAAAGAUUGGCAGUGUAGGAAGUUUGAGAAUGGGUUGAGAGGCGAUCUUAAACGCAUGGUGGCUCCGCUCUCUAUAAAGGAGUUCCCUGCUUUGGUGGAGAAAGCAAGGGUAAUGGAGAAGCUAAAAGCGGAAGUUGAAGCUCAACAGCGGUCUCAGCAGAAGGUAGGAGGACCAUUUGGGUCCACGAGUCGACAGGAUGAUAGGAGGAAACCCUACUCUAGACCUCCGCCUCAGGGGUCCAGGAGAUUCUCACCACAGUCACAUCAGCCUUAG